AUGGGGCAGCAGUUCAGCUGGGAGGAGGCGGAGGCGGCCGGCGAGAUGGACGUGGCCGAGCUCCAGGAGUGGUACAAGAAGUUCGUGGUGGAGUGCCCCAGUGGCUCUCUCUUCAUGCAUGAGUUUAAGCGCUUCUUCAAGGUCACAGGCAACGAGGAGGCCACCCAGUACGUAGAGGGCAUGUUCCGAGCCUUCGACAAGAAUGGGGACAACACCAUCGACUUCUUGGAGUAUGUGGCCGCCCUGAACCUCGUGCUGAGGGGCACCCUGGAACACAAGCUGAAGUGGACCUUCAAGAUCUAUGACAAGGACCGCAACGGCUGCAUCGACCGCCUGGAGCUGCUCGACAUUGUGGAGGCGAUCUACAAACUGAAGAAAGCCUGCAGGGUGGAGGAGGAGGCCGAGCAGCAAGGACAGCUGCUCACACCCGAGGAAGUGGUGGACAGGAUCUUCCUUCUGGUGGAUGAGAACGGAGAUGGGGAACUCUCCCUGGAGGAGUUCAUCGAGGGCGUCCAGAGGGACCAGAUGCUCCUGGACACGCUGACACGGAGCCUGGACCUCACCCGCAUCGUGCGCAGGCUCCAGAACGGCGAGCACGAAGAGGAGGGGGAAGGGGCCGGCGGCGGGGAGACUGAGGCGGCAGGCUGA